GCUUAUUGCGUGGUCGCUGAGGAAAUAUGGCGGACAGGAUCACACAGUUGCAAGACGCUUUAAAUCAGCUUGCAGAUCAGUUUUGUAACAGUGUUGGAAUACUUCAGCAAACAGCUCCACCAGAAAAAAUUUUCUCUGGCUUUGACAAAAAUGGUGGUGAUGUUACCCAAGAAGGACAUGCUGCUUUGUUUGCUACUCUCAUCGCAAGAACUGCCAAGGAUAUUGAUUUCCUAAUCGAGUCACUUCCAAGUGAAGAAUGCUCACCGGAGCUUCAAGCAGCAAGCUUACACAAGUUGGAAGCUGAGAGUAAUGCAGCAGGCAGGAAACUAGAAGAAGCUGUAAAGAAGGGAGAAAAGUUACUGGAGCUCAUUCAGCAAGCCCUGAGUGAUAUUGCGGAAUCGAGGUUGCGAAUGAAAUAACAAGUGGCUUGUUUAGCUCGCUUUGUAAAACGAACAGAGAAAAAUCGACAACCGCAAGAUUAGCCUGCACUGCAGCAAAACCAAGAUAAUCUGAAUGAGGUGACAAAGCACGUAGAAACCCGGAGAAACUCGAGCGUGCGAAAAUGGCUCAAUCCUGCGAACAAGGGGCGCCAGUCGUUAACGGAAAGGAAACAAUUGAAAGUUGUUUGCUAAAGAAGACGUACUUGUGAUUUGCAAAUUACCAAACGCGGUAACAUCCUCAACUGAACUAUGUCAUGAUGUUUUACUUUGUCAGUGUACGAAUUACUUUUAAAUUAAACGGAACUUCAAAAUAAUAGUGUUCUAGGGUAGAGUAAUGCAAAAAAGUAAUGAAAAACCGAAUAUGAACAAGGGUAGCUAUAACUGAGAAACUUGUAAAGUUUGGCCAAUUGUUUCAGGAUGCUCCGUGAGAUCCUAUGGCACUUUAACGAGCUACGUCACGGUAUGUGCUUCUUGAAAUGUUUAGCCUAAUUUUUUCAAGUUUGUCGUUUGAAAUCUGUGUUAAUCUUCUCAAUUCUAAAUCAUCGUUCUUUUAUGGUU